AUGUCAGCCAACGCUCAGCCGGUCAAGCUCUCUCUUCCCCUUGAAUACCAGCAAAGCCUCUUCCAGGAGCUGCGGAAUGAAGAUGAGCUCGUCGUCCUCGCACGUGGGCUGGGGCUCAUGAGGCUCGUCACAAACCUGCUUCAUUCUUACGAUGCGGCAGGAAACAAUUUGAUUAUUCUAGUUGGGGCCGAGGACCGCGAAAACAACUGGAUCGGAGAAGCGCUGGCCGAGCAUGCCGCAAUCAGCCAGUCGCCCAACGCGAGGGGGCUCACGGUCGUCAACACCGACUUCACCAGCGUCGGUGCGAGAGAAAAGAUGUACACCCGCAGCGGGAUCUUCAGCAUCACCUCGCGCAUCCUAGUCGUCGACCUCUUGACGAAUCUUCUCGACACCGAGAAAGUCACAGGCCUAAUCGUUUUACACGCUGAUCGCGUUGUGGCUACCUCUCUCGAGGCCUUCAUCCUGCGAAUCUACCGACAGAAAAACAAGGCCGGCUUCCUCAAAGCAUUUGCCGAUAACCCCGAUCCAUUCUCUACCGGCUUCUCGCCAUUGACCAACAUGAUGAGAAACCUCUUUCUGAGAAAGGCGUCAUUGUGGCCGCGCUUCCACGUGACGGUAGCGGAGUCUCUAGAGGGCAAGAAGACCGCUGAAGUGAUUGAGUUGAACAUAUCAAUGAGCGAAGCCAUGCGAGAUAUUCAAAACGCCAUUCUAGAGUGUGUCGAGGUCAGCAUUCAUGAGCUCAAGAAAGGCAACACGGGCCUAGAGAUGGAGGAUUGGAACCUCGACAGCGCCCUACACAAGAACUUUGACGUGAUCAUCAGAAGGCAGCUCGACCCUAACUGGCACAGAGUUAGCUGGAAGACUCGGCAGAUCGUCAACGACCUGAGCGUCCUUCGUGGAAUGCUCUCGUCCGUUCUCUCCCUCGAUGCCGUUUCAUUCUUGCAACAUUUGGAUACCAUUCAUGCAGCUCAUUCGCCGCCUCCCGGGUCGACGAGGCAAAACCAGUCCCCUUGGUUAUUUCUUGAUGCAGCGCAGACCAUCUUUGAGACAGCACGGCGUCGAGUCUACUCCGCCAGCGCGAAAGCUGCAACGGCAGAUGCGAACAUCGACUCACUUCGACCUGUUCUUGAAGAGCAGCCGAAAUGGGCUUGGAUGGCGGAUGUCUUGACAGAGAUUGACAACAGCAUGCAUUUUGACCCGCCAGCCCGUGAUGAUUCCAAUGGCACCAUUCUCAUCAUGUGUGGCGAUACAAACACGUGUAGGCAACUUCGAGACUACUUACAGACCAUGUACUUCAAGCCCAAAGUUGAGAAGGACCCGACGAAAGAAGAGGACGAGGAUGAGGACCAAGCAUCAGCAGCUUUCAUGAUGCGGCGAAAGCUGCGAAACUAUCUGAGGUGGAAGCGGGAGUUUGCCCAAGUCAACGCUACGCUGUUUUCCGAAAACCAAAAAGCUCUGAACGGCGCCACCGAUCGUUCUGGCCAACGGCUUCGGGGCAAGGCACCAUCAAACAAGCGGAGGCGCAUGCGAGGCGGCGGUAUGACGGGAACAUCCCAGGGCCGAGCCGACAACGGCAGCAUCCUCCAAUUCUUCGAGAAGCCCACAGACGUCGAAGACCUCAUGGCUGAGGUACAAAUCACAGAGGAGGAAGCGGACCAGAAGCCGGAGAUCGUCACCGACCCCCUGGAUAACAUGGAGGACUUUUUCCAGCUGUACGAGAUGCAGGAUCUGGUCGUUAUCCAUGCGUACGACGGGGAUCAGGACGAGCACGUCUUGGAGGAAGUGAAGCCCCGGUACAUCAUCAUGUACGAACCCGACGCCGCCUUCAUCCGCCGCGUCGAGGUCUAUCGGUCGUCACACAACGACAGAAACAUCCGGGUGUAUUUCAUGUACUACGGUGAGUCGGUCGAGGAACAGCGGUACCUGUCAAGCGUGCGACGCGAGAAGGACGCCUUUACGAAGCUCAUCAAGGAGCGGGCUUCCAUGUCCCUGGUAAUGACGGUCGACCCCCACGGCGCCGAAGACCCUCAGGAGGCUUUCCUGCGCACAAUCAACACUAGGAUCGCCGGCGGCGGACGCCUUGCCGCCACGGCGCAACCGCCCCGCGUCGUCGUCGACGUGCGUGAGUUCCGCUCCUCACUGCCGUCGCUCCUACACGGGCGGUCCAUGAUCAUCGUCCCCUGCAUGCUCACGGUCGGCGACUACGUCCUCUCGCCCAACAUCUGCGUCGAGCGCAAGUCCAUCAGCGAUCUCAUCUCGUCCUUCAAGGACGGCCGGCUGUAUGCGCAGUGCGAGACUAUGUUCCAGCACUACAAGAGCGCCAUGCUCCUCAUCGAGUUCGACCAGAACAAGUCCUUUACUCUGGAGCCCUUUGCCGACCUGUCCGGCAGUCUCAACAGCAUCGCGCCGACGAAUAUCUCGUCGGACCUGCAGUCCAAGCUCGUCCUGCUCACGCUGGCCUUUCCCAAGCUGCGCAUCAUCUGGUCGUCCUCGCCCUACCAGACGGCCGAGAUCUUUGAGUCGCUCAAGGCGCAGGAGGACGAGCCGGAUCCCAUCGCCGCGGUGCGCGCCGGACUGGACAAGGAUAUGCAGGCCGAGGACCAGGCUUUCAACCUGGAGCCGCAGGAGAUGCUGGGUGCCGUGCCGGGUAUUAAUCCAAAGAAUAUUAUGCGGCUCGUGCUGGCGACGGAGAACUUGAGGGAGGUGGCGAAUUUGACCGAGAGAGAGCUGGAGCCAAUGGUUGGUAAGGAGUCUGGACGGCAGGUCUACGGUUUCUUCAAUCGCAAUGUCCUGGAAGAUUAA